UCCCUGCUGCUGGGGAUGCUCAGAGCCCUGCCCAGAGGUGUGGUGAAUUUGCACAGCCUCAGCUCGUCCUCCUUUGGCAGCCGGGGGGAAAAGAGGAAGAGAGGAGGGCCCCCAGCCGUCCCCACUGCCCUCCCCAGCCCCAUCUGUCUCCCUCCUUUCCUUUCUUACAAAAAUAUUAUUAAAAUGAAACCGGCCCCGAGGCGCAGCCCGGCGCCGCGCAGCCGUGGGCUUUGGGACCCUGGAGCCGGGCUGCGGCGGAGGGCGGCAGCUCCGCUUCCUGCCCAGCCCAGCUCGCUGCAGCGUGACCGCUCCGCUCCUCUCCAUCUCCGGCACCCCGGGCACCCCGGGCCCGGCGGCAGCGCCAUGGGCAACGCGGCCGGGGGCAUGGAGGGGGCUGCGGCCAGAGAGAACCGAGACCCCCGGGCUCCGGGCCCCGCCGCCGCCGCCGCCGCCACCCCACCGCGGCCGCCGCCGCCCGCCCGGCAGCCCAUGCCCUCCGCGGACGAGCUUGAGGAGCGCUUCAGCCGCGUCCUGAGCUCCAUGAACCUGCCCCCAGACAAGAUGAAGCUGCUCAGCCAGUACGACAAUGAGAAGAAGUGGGAACUUGUCUGUGACCAGGAGCGUUUCCAGGUGAAAAACCCGCCGUCUGCCUACAUCCAGAAGCUGAAGAGCUACUUGGACACGGGCGGUGUGAGCAGGAAGUUCAAGCGGCGAGUGCAGGAGUCAACACAGGUGCUCCGGGAGCUGGAGAUUUCCUUGAGGACCAACUACAUUGGCUGGGUCCAGGAGUUUCUCAACGAGGAGAACAAGGGGCUGGACGUGCUGCUGGAGUACCUCGCCUUUGCCCAGUGCUCUGUCGCGUAUGACAUGGAGAGCACUGAGAAUGGCAGCCCGGGCUCUGAAAAGGGCAAACCCCUGGAGCGGUCAGUUGAGGACCUGAGCAAAAGCAACUCCUCAUCUCCCACACACGGCAUCUCCAAAGUGCGGCACCUCACCGUCAGGCUCAACCCCUCGCACAGCAGGAAGGCACUGAGGAAUUCUCGCAUCGUCAACCAGAAGGAUGAUGUCCAUGUCUGCAUCAUGUGUCUCCGUGCCAUCAUGAACUACCAGUCUGGCUUCAGCCUGGUGAUGAACCACCCAGCCUGUGUCAACGAGAUCACCCUGAGCCUCAACAACAGGAAUGCCAGGACAAAGGCACUCGUGCUGGAGCUGCUGGCUGCAGUCUGCCUGGUCCGAGGUGGCCAUGACAUUAUCCUCGCUGCCUUUGACAACUUCAAGGAGGUCUGCGGUGAGAAGAACCGCUUUGAGAAACUGAUGGAGUAUUUCCGAAACGAGGACAGCAACAUCGACUUCAUGGUCGCCUGCAUGCAGUUCAUCAACAUCGUGGUGCACUCGGUGGAGAACAUGAACUUCCGCGUAUUCCUGCAGUACGAGUUCACCCACCUGGGGCUCGACCAGUACCUGGAGAGCCUGCGUCUCACCGAGAGCGACAAGCUGCAGGUACAGAUCCAAGCCUACCUGGACAACGUCUUUGAUGUGGGGGCCAUGCUGGAGGACUCAGAGACCAAGACGGCCGUGCUGGAGCACAUGGAGGAGCUGGAGGAGCACGUCAGCCAGCUGACGGAGAAGCUGCAGGAUGCGGAGAACGACUCCAUGGCCAAGAUAGCGGAGCUGGAGAAGCAGCUGAGCCAGGCGCGGCGAGAGCUGGAGGCGCUGCGGGAGCAGCUCAGCCCGCCGCGGCCGCCCAGCCCGCCGACCCCGCAGCCACAGGAGUGCUACCGGCUGGCGCUGGAGCGGCGGCUGGUGGAGCUGGAGGAGAAGGGGUUAGUGCAGAUCCUGCGUGGGCCCGAUGGAGACGUCGCCAUCGAAAUUGUCCCCGUCGUCAUAGAAACUACAGCAGCCCCCGUGGUAACCGGAGAGGCCACCGCCACCAGCACAGAUACUCCGGCUCCAGCUCCAUCUCCUGCCCCAGCACCUGCUGCCCCACCACCACCCUCACCACCACCCCCCCCGCCGCUGCCUGGGGCUGAGCCUGGGCCCCCCGUGCCCCCUGCCCCCCCACUGCCCACAGGCAUCACGCCCCCCCCAGCCCCUCCACUGCCAGGUGCCCAGGUACCCCCACCACCCCCACCGCUCCCUGGGGGCCCGGAGGGCCCUGUGCCACCGCCACCACCACCCCCACCACUCGGUGGGCAGCCCCAUGCUGGGCCAGGUGCCCCCCCCACUGCCAACGGUUCAGUGAAGGUGAAGAAGCCGAUCCAGACCAAGUUCCGCAUGCCUGUAUUUAACUGGGUUGCACUGAAACCGAGCCAGAUCGACGGCACCGUCUUCACCGAGCUCAACGAUGAGAAAGUGCUGCAGGAGUUGGACAUGAGUGAUUUUGAGGAGCAGUUCAAGACCAAAGCGCAAGGCCCCGGCCUGGACAUCAGUGCCCUAAAGGUGAAGGCCACACAGAAAGCUCCCAGCAAGGUCACGCUCAUGGAGUCCAACAGGGCCAAGAACCUGGCCAUCACACUUCGCAAAGGCGGCCGCAGCAUCCAGGACAUCUGCACAGCCAUUGAGACGUACGACCAGCAGGCGCUGAGCCUCGAUUUCCUGGAGCUGCUGCUGCGCUUCCUGCCCACUGAGUACGAGCGGACGCUCAUCGGGAAGUUCGAGCGGGAGCAGCAGCCUGCGGAGGAGCUCUCGGAGGAGGACCAGUUCAUGAUCCGCUUCAGCAAGAUCCCGCGCCUGGCCGAGCGCAUGAACGUCAUGAUCUUCCUGGGCAACUUCAGCGACACGGCCCAGCUGCUCAUGCCGCAACUCAACGCCAUCAUCGCCGCCUCCAUGUCCCUCAAGUCCUCCAGCAAGCUGCGCAACAUCCUCGAGAUCGUCCUGGCCUUUGGGAACUACAUGAACAGCAGCAAGCGUGGGGCAGCCUAUGGCUUCCGCCUGCAGAGCCUCGAUGCGCUGCUGGAGAUGAAAUCAACAGACCGUAAGCAGACACUGCUGCAUUACCUGGUGCGGGUGAUCACAGAGAAGUACCCUGAGCUGACCGGCUUCCACACCGAGCUGCAUUUUCUUGACAAGGCGGGCACAGUGUCCCUGGACGGCGUGUUGCAGGACGUGCGGAGCCUGCAGCAGGGCAUGGAGCUCACCCGCAAGGAGUUCAUGCGGCAGGACGACAGCCUCGUGCUCAAGGAGUUCCUCAAGGCCAACACGGAGCUGAUGGAGAAGCUGCAAGCCGACAGCAAAACUGCCAAGGAGGCCUAUGAGUCAGCCGUGGAAUACUUUGGGGAGAACCCCAAGACCAGUCCCCCCACUACUUUCUUCCCCAUGUUCAUGCGCUUCAUCAGAGCCUACAAGAAAGCAGAGCAGGACAUCGAGCUGUGGAAGAAACAAGAGGCUGCGGCCAAGGAGGCAGAGUCCGGCCGCCCCGGCAGUGAGGAGCAGCUUGACCUGAAGUCACCAUUCCAGAAAGCCAAGCGGCAGCAGAUGGACAUGAUUGCUGAGCUGAAGAAGAAGCAGAUGGUGAAGGAGCCGCUCAUUUAUGAAGGCAAAGACGGGGCCAUCGAGGACAUUAUUUCAGAUCUGCGGAACAACCCGUACCGGCGUGCAGACAAGGGCCGCGGCAGCGCCAAGAAGCGGGCGGCGGGGCAGAGCCUGCAGGCUACGCCAGACAUCUCGCUGUGAGGGGAACC